CGGUGGUCAACAACACCAUCACAAAGUGGACUAUCUAACACUGACGAAUCUACCAGCGGACUGCUUGAGCCACAGAGAAGAUCAUGCCUGUCGUGCGCUUCUACAGGACAGAGGAGACUGGAGAGGCUCGGGCCAUAAGAAGGAUUGCACAGCUGUAUCCAGAUGUCAUUAUAACAACAGAGCUUUGCUACAAUGUAGAGCUGGAUGGUCCUGAUUCUUUAAGUGUAGCACAAAAAGACAUUUUGCGCUGGUUGUUUAGUCCACCAUAUUCUGUCAGUUUGUUAGAGGAGCCCACUCUAAAAGCAGAACAUGGAGCAAGACUGGUGGAGAUUGGACCCAGGUUGAACUUCUCCACUGCUUGGUCCACCAAUGCUGUAUCCAUCUGCCAAAGUGCAGGUCUGAGUCAGGUGACGAGAGUCGAGCUCUCCCGCAGACAUCUCAUCAAGCCCCAGGAAGGAUGUAAAGUUGGCAUGAAGGACGGAGAGAUGGAGAGUCUGAUUUCAUGCUUGUAUGACAGUAUGACUGAAUGUAUUUACGCUCAGCCAAUCACAUCGUUCGCAGUUGAUAUUCGGCCACAGGAUGUGUUUGAGGUGGACAUUCUGGGAAAAGGGCGUGCUGCUUUGGAAAAGGCCAAUGAUGAACUUGGGUUGGCAUUUGACUCCUGGGAUCUGGACUACUACACUGCACUUUUCCAGAAAGUGAAAAGAAAUCCCACAAGUGUAGAAUGCUUUGAUCUGGCCCAGUCCAACAGUGAGCACAGCCGUCACUGGUUCUUCAGAGGGAGAAUGGUCAUUGAUGGAAAAGAGCAGAAGGAGACGCUCUUCAGCCUCAUUAUGGGCACUCAGCAGCACAGCAACCAGAAUAAUGUCAUCAAAUUCUGUGACAACAGCAGUGGUAUUAAAGGCAUGGAGCUGAGGUGCAUGUAUCCCACAAACCCUGCACAGGCCAGUCCAUAUGAAAGCAGAGAUACUACCAGACACGUAAUCUUCACUGCAGAGACGCACAACUUCCCUACCGGUGUUGCUCCAUUCAGCGGAGCCACAACUGGAACUGGCGGGCGAAUCAGAGAUGUGCAGAGUGCUGGAAAGGGUGGUCAUGUGAUUGCAGGCACUGCUGGCUACUGCUUUGGUAACCUGCACAUUCCAGGUUUUGUGCUCCCAUGGGAGGAGGAAGGCUGGGAAUACCCAUCAAGCUUUGCUCCUCCACUUCAGGUGGCCAUUGAGGCCAGUGACGGAGCCUCUGACUAUGGCAAUAAGUUUGGGGAGCCAGUUCUCGCAGGCUUUGCUCGUUCCUUUGGAAUGCGGUUGGCUAAUGGUGAACGGCGGGAGUGGAUUAAGCCAAUCAUGUUCAGCGGUGGGUUGGGAUCUAUUGAGGAUCCACAUGUGAGGAAAGAUCAAGCUGAGCCAGGUAUGGAAGUGGUGAAAAUUGGAGGUCCUGUGUACAGGAUUGGUGUUGGUGGAGGUGCUGCUUCUUCUGUACAGGUUCAAGGAGAUAACUCCAGUGCCAGAGACCUUGGAGCAGUUCAAAGAGGAGAUGCUGAAAUGGAGCAAAAGAUGAACCGCGCUCUCAGGGCCUGCCUGGAGCGUGUGGAAGGAAACCCAAUCUGCAGCAUUCAUGAUCAGGGUGCUGGUGGCAAUGGUAACGUGUUAAAGGAACUAAGUGAACCUGCUGGUGCCGUUAUCUACACUGAAAAGUUUAAGAGAGGAGACCCCACCCUCAGUGUUUUGGAGCUUUGGGGGGCGGAGUAUCAGGAGAGUAAUGCUCUGUUGCUCCGCCCCUCUGACCGGAGCUUCCUAGAGAGGGUCUGUCAGAGGGAAAAGUGUCCUGUCGACUUUGUGGGCAAGAUAACUGGUGAUGGCAAGAUCGUGCUGGUUGAUGGCUUGCGUAAACAGAAUGAUGUACUUGAAGGUGCACGAAACCCUGUGGAUCUGGAGCUGGACUGGGUCCUAGGAAAGAUGCCACAAAAGGAGUUCAUAUUGGAGCACAGGUCUGUUUCUCUGCAGCCUCUCACUCUUCCUGCAGGUCUUUCUGUUCUUCCAGCUCUGGAAAGAGUUCUCCGGCUGCCUGCAGUGGCCAGCAAACGCUACCUAACCAAUAAGGUUGAUCGAUCUGUGACUGGUCUGGUGGCUCAGCAGCAGUGUGUUGGCCCUCUCCAUACUCCUCUGGCUGAUGUGGCUGUUGUUGCUCUUUCUCCGUUCAGCCUCCAGGGGGCAGCCACAGCGAUAGGAGAGCAGCCCAUUAAAGGCCUGCUCUCUCCAGCAGCUGGAGCCCGAAUGGCUGUAGGAGAAGCUCUCACUAACUUGGUUUUUGCAAGAGUGUCUGCUCUCAAGGAUGUAAAGUGCAGUGGUAACUGGAUGUGGGCUGCUAAACUGCCAGGAGAGGGAGCUUGUCUGUGGGACGCAUGUCAGGCCAUGUGUGAGGUUAUGGGUCAGCUGGGAGUGGCAGUGGACGGAGGAAAAGAUUCACUUAGCAUGGCUGCACGCGUCAGUGGAGAAACUGUCAAAGCUCCAGGCUCUCUUGUUAUCUCAGUGUAUGCUGUGUGUCCUGAUAUUACGGCCACUGUGACCCCCGACCUGGACAACCCUGAAGGCAAAGGUGUGCUUCUGUACGUGCCUGUGAGUGCAGGUAAAUACAGGCUGGGCGGCUCUGCUUUAGCUCAGUGUUUUGGGCAGCUGGGAGACUGUAGUCCAGAUAUGGAUCAGCCAGACAAGCUCUCCGCUUGCUUCAACACCACACAGACAUUGAUUCAGGAUCGACUGCUGACUGCUGGACAUGAUGUCAGUGAUGGGGGACUUAUUUCUUGUCUGCUGGAGAUGGCCUUUGCAGGGAAUUAUGGGAUAGAAGUGGACUUGCCGUUAGAGGGCGUUGAUGUGAUGGAGGCUCUGUUUUCAGAGGAGCUUAGUCUUGUUCUGGAGGUUUGUGAGCGUAAUGCAUCCAGUGUCUGUCAGAGAUACACAGAUGCUGGCCUCUUGUGUCACAGAAUUGGCACAACAUCUGGUUUUGGACCCGAUGCCAAGGUCAGAGUGAGUCUGUGUGGACGGGAAGUGCUGAACGAGCGUUUGCCCACAUUAAGGGCCAUCUGGGAAAGCACUAGUUUUGAGCUGGAGAGACUGCAGGCUAAUCCACUGUGUGUUCAAGAGGAAGAACAAGGACUUGCUUCUCGCACACAGCCGUACCUGAAGCUCACCUUUGACCCCUCUCAAACGCCGAUCAUUAAAGAGCUCGCUACAGGGAAAGCUCGUGUUGCUGUUGUGAGAGAGGAAGGCAGUAAUGGAGACAGAGAGAUGUCCGCUUCUCUCUUUAUGGCCGGAUUUGAGGUGUGGGACGUCACAAUGCAGGACCUGUGCUCCGGCUCCACGACCCUUGACCCUUUCCGAGCAGUGGUGUUUGUGGGUGGUUUCAGCUAUGCAGAUGUGUUGGGUUCGGCUAAAGGAUGGGCUGCCACAGUGACCUUUAACAAUAGGGCUCGUGAGGAGUUUGAGCGUUUCCGCAAGCGUGAGGAUACACUGAGUUUAGGAGUUUGCAACGGAUGUCAGCUGCUGGCUUUACUCGGCUGGGUGGGUGAAAGAGAGGAUGGAGGUUCUGAUGUUACUCUGACCCAUAACAAGUCUGGUCGGUUUGAAUCGAGGUUUGUGAGUGUGGGUAUCCUGCCCUCUCCAGCCAUCAUGCUCAAGGGAAUGGAAGGCUCUGCUCUGGGUGUCUGGGUCGCACAUGGAGAAGGUCUGAUGCAGUUUCGUUCUCCUGAGGCUCAACAGAAGCUAAUUGGCUCCUCUCUGGCUCCUCUGCGUUAUGUGGAUGACUCGGGCAAUCCGACUGAAAUCUAUCCCAUUAACCCCAAUGGCUCUGCGCAAGGUGUUGCAGGAAUCUGCUCGGCAGAUGGACGCCACCUGGCCAUGAUGCCCCACCCAGAGCGGGCAGUGCUGAGUUGGCAGUGGGCUUGGGCUCCUCAGCACCUCAGGGGCUCAUUGGAGCCAUCACCGUGGCUUAGCAUGUUCCGAAACGCAGCAGCCUGGUGCCAGAAUUCAUAGAGAUUUGAUACCGUACAAUUCUGAUAGAUGACCAAACAAAUAGUCUGACUAGUAAACUUUUGAAAUGGAUAGUUUACACAAAAUUGACAAUUCUGCCAUCUUUUACUCAGAUUCCACUAGUUUUCUUGUCAUCUCUUUUCUUCUGUUGAAUGCAUAAAAUAUCUCUAGAGUAUUGGAAACCUGUAACCAUUGUCCUUUAUAGAAAUUGUAUUCCUGCUAUGGAUGUCAGUAGCUACCCAAAAUGUAUUGUUGUUUAACAGAAAAAAGAAACUUAUAAAUAUGUGGAACCACUUAAAGGGAUAGUUCACCCAAAACUGAAGAUUCUUUCAUUUAUUUUUCAUUUUUAUUUUUUUAUAUUUUCCCUUGAUCUCUUCCAAACCUGUCCCAGUAUUUUUAGUUCUGUUAAACACAAAAAAAGAUAAUUUAAAGAAAGCUAAAACCCUGUCACCCUUGACUUCAAUGUUUUUUUUUCAGAAGCUUUUUUCAGAAGACUUCAAAAGUCAGUGGUUACUGGUUUUCAGUUUUUCAAAAUAUCUUUUGUGUUCAACCAAAGAAAAGUAAAACUUCUAAAGGU